GUCACUGGGAGCUGUGAUUUCGGGCUUGUGACAUCCGGAGCGGUGUCCUGUACUGGUGGCUACUGGGAGCUGUAGUCCACGAGCACGGGAGGCACUGGGAGCUGUAGGGCAGAGUGCACUGGGCGUGCUGGGAGCUGUGACCCGGGUACUGGCUCGGCUGUGGCAGCAUGGGGGGGAUGCUGGCGCUGCCCCCGGGGCAGGGACCCCACCCGGUGGGCUGCACGGAUGUGAUGGUGGGCCACACUCGGCAGGGGCUCUUCCUCCGCCUCUUCUACCCGUGCCUGGCCCGGGCAGGGGCCGCGGAGCCGCUCUGGAUCCCGCGCCCCGAGUACUGCGGGGGUCUGGCCGCUGCCACCCUCGGCCGCCGCUGGUGCUCGUCCCUGCUCAGCAUCGCCAUCGGCUCCGUCAAAGUCCCGGUGAGCUGGAACGGGGCUCUCAAGCCCUGCAGCACUGGGUACCCCCUGAUCAUCUUCUCCCACGGCCUGGGAACCUUUCGGACCUUGUACUCUUCAAUCUGCACAGAGCUGGCGUCCUGGGGCUUCGUGGUGGCAGCGCUGGAGCACAGGGACCAUUCUGCUGCCACCACCUAUUUCUGCACGGCCGAGGCUGUGGAGGAGUGGAUCCCCUUCCAACGGGUGCCCCAAGGGCAGAAGGAGUUUUAUUUCCGAAACAAGCAGGCUCACCAGAGAGCUCAGGAAUGUGUGCGGGCGCUGCGGCUCUUCCAGGGCAUCGCCGGCGGCAGAAGCGUCCCCAGCAGCCUCCCCCAGGGCUGGGAUCUGUCUGUGCUGAAGGACAACCUUGAUCUGACCAAAGUGGCCGUCAUGGGCCAUUCCUUCGGGGGGGUGACAGCGGUGCUGGCCUUGGUGAAGGAGCCCAGUUUUGGGUGUGCUGUGGCUCUGGAUGCCUGGAUGUUCCCUCUGGAGAACCUGCUGUACCCAGAGGUGGCCAAGCCCGUGCUCUUCAUCAACACUGAGAAGUUCCAGACCCCGGAGAGCGUUGCCAAAAUGAAGAGGUUGAGCUCCAGAAACAGCCAGACGAGGAUUGUGACCGUGCUGGGGACCGUGCACGAGGACCAGACCGACUUUGCCUUCCUCCCUGGGAAGCUCUUCAGCUGCAUCUUCGGCAGGAGGGGCACCCUGGACCCCCACAAGGCUCUGGCCAUCACCAGCCAGGCAGCUCUGGCCUUCCUGCAGAGGCACCUGAAGCUGCAGCAGAGCUUUGCCCAGGGGGAUGAGCUCCUGGAAGGCGCUGGGCACUCGCUGGUUCCGGAGGCGCCGCUCGGCCGCUCCCGCCUGUAGCUGCUCCCAGGGCCCUGCUCCACCUGGGCACUGGGAAAAGGAAUCCUUCUUGCCCAGAAUGGAGGAGCAGGAGCUGGGGACAGUGCUGGUGGUGACUGCUGCCACCUGGGUACUGGGAAAAGGAGUCCUUCUUGCCCAGAAUGGAGGAGCCAGGAGCUGGGGACGGGGCUGCUGGUGACCAAGGUGCUCUGUGAAUGUGCCAGGAGAGCCCUCCCUGCUCAUUCCCUGCACUGAGGGAAUAAAAUCCCCAGGGAUAAAGACUGA